AAGAGUUUUUGUAUGGAGGUUAUGUGUCGAAUUUGGUCAACAAAUAAACUAUUCAUUUUUGCUACGUGAGGUUUAUAUGAUCGAACAUAGGUUUCGUAAUGCUAAAGUUGUUAGGAGUGUACUUUUAUAAGUAGGACACGCGACAUCCCGGCAACUUUGAGAAAAAACACUAUAUCGAACUUGUCUCGAGUGGUUAUGCAUAUUCAUGAAAUGAGGCUAGUACCAUAGCGUCGCUCUCUCCAUUGAAUACAGGCGGUUGACGUCAACAACCCUCAUCGAGUAUUCAAUUAUAUACAAUAAUGAGAUGUAUCCACCAAUCCAAAGAAAGGUUAAGCGGGAUCUAGACCACCCGCUGUGCCGCUUUGUGGACAACGACUCCCAUUGUUAUGGCGGAGAGACAUAUAUCGUGUCAUUAUAUCCAUAAUCUUCGGUGUGGUCAAGAUGGGAGUAGAAUUUCACUUCCUGUAUGUAACGGGUGUAUUCACAACAUAAUCAAACGGAACGAAAUGGGCAGCGACCUAAUUGAAUUUGUCCAAUAGAAACUCGUUUUCUUUGCAAAAUGUUUUCCGUUUUGAGUAAAUGGUUUCCGUUGCAAAACGUUUUGGACUAAUGAUUACACCCCUGGUACCCGACAGAGACACACCUGUGAAAUGGAAAGAUUUUGAUAGUUUGUGUAGAAUAAUCGACGACAGACACCGAAUUUACAGAUCAUCCGCCUGAUUGUAUUUGUGGGAAAUUGUUUUCCUGGAAUGUCUUGUAGAAUGACCUCUCUCCAAAUUGGAUUGUUAUUGGGCGCUUCGGUGUGUUGUAUUAUUUUCCUGGGGCACGCGGAGGCUCAGGCAUUCGGGGAACAAUGUUUGGAAAAGUUCAAAAAGGGCAGAGACGAUUUCGUUCUCGACACCAAUGAGUCGGUCAAAGACGGUGCGACUUUCAUCGCUUCAAUGAAAGUUGAGCGCUCCAAUGACUGUAUACGCUCCUGCUGCAAAGACACCAGAUGUAAUGUCGCUUUCAUGGAGAAGGUUUCAGAUGAGGGCAUGAUCAAGUCAUGCUUUCUCUUUGACUGUCUAUACAAGCAGACCUACGUCUGCCGAUUUGUCAGGAAGAAGGGAUUCCAGAACUACAUCAUAGACUCUGUGUAUGCAAGUGAUCUGGCAACAAAUGGGUUCCCAGAUGAAGAGGACCAUCCUCCAGUGGCCAAUGGAGGCCCAGACAGAGUGGUGCAGCCCCAUGAAAGUUUGACUCUGAAUGGCAUUGAGAGCAAAGAUGACCACGAGAUUGUCACGUACCAGUGGCACCUAGUGUCAGGCAACUCCUCCGCUGUCAUAGAGAAAACUAAAUUCGAUGACCAAGUGAUCGUGUCCAAACUGACGUCUGGGGUGUACAAGUUCCAGCUGACCGUCACAGACUCCAGCGGGAAGUCCGAUCAAACCCAGAUCACCGUCCUGGUGCUCACCCCUGAGCAGUCUGAGGAUCACUGCCUGGUCCCCAAGAAGGUGGGUCCCUGUCGUGGGUCCUUCCCCCGCUGGCACUACAAUGCUGCCUCAGAAAAGUGUGAGGAGUUCCUGUUCGGGGGCUGCAGAGAGAACCUAAACAACUACCUGUCCCUCCAGGAGUGUACCAAUGCCUGUGAUGGUGUUUCAGUUAUGUCCAGCGUUGGCAGUGGCAGAAGUGGGCCACUUCCAGCCCCUAGAGGAACAGGUACAAUUGCUGCAGCAGCAACAGUGGGAGCAGUUGUGGCAGUGGCAAUGGCACCAGUUGUCCUAGGAGUGAUAGGAUUCACUGCUGGUGGGAUUGCUGUUGGAUCAUCUGCAGCAAGCAUGAUGUCUGCAGCGGCUGCGGUAAAUGGAGGUGGGAUAGCAGCCGGGGGUCUUGUUGCUGCUCUACAGUCAGCAGGUGCUGCAGGGCUUUCAGGAGUGGCUACAGCGGCGGUGGGGGGUGUUGGAGCUGCAGUUACUGGAGCCAUGGAAUGGGUGGCCGCAGGAGCAGGGUUCUCAGGAGUGGCAGCAGCUACUACAGCAGCUACGGCAGAUCACUGCCUGGUCCCCAAGAAGGUGGGUCCCUGUCGUGGGUCCUUCCCCCGCUGGCACUACAAUGCUGCCUCAGAAAAGUGUGAGGAGUUCCUGUUCGGGGGCUGCAGAGAGAACCUAAACAACUACCUGUCCCUCCAGGAGUGUACCAAUGCCUGUGAUGGUGUUUCAGUUAUGUCCAGCGUUGGCAGUGGCAGAAGUGGGCCACUUCCAGCCCCUAGAGAGGUGUGUGGGAUCCCCUGUGGGUCAGGCCAGUUCACCUGUGCCAACGGCUGCUGCCUUGACCAAGGCCUGGAGUGUGACAAGGAGCAGCAGUGCAGCGACGGCUCAGACGAGGAGAACUGCGAGUACUUGAACGACAAGUUCCGGAUUCUACUGCAAAUUCCUGUGGAUGAACAGAAAGUUCGCUGCACAGAGCACCCCAAAACGGGACACUGUCGGGACAGUUUUACCAAGUGGUACUACAACCCUCUCUACGAGAAGUGUUUCCGUUUCAACUAUGGUGGCUGCGACGGGAAUGACAACAGAUUUGACACUGAGGAUUCUUGUAUGACGUCCUGCAAACUGGUAACAGAAAAGGAUGUCUUUGAGAGAAAGGAGUCCUUUGAAUACCAGGACACUCAAGGCCAUACAGGCAUCAUCGCGAUAGCCGCACUGCUUGGCCUGGCCAUCAUCAUACUGCUGCUUGUUCUAUGUUACUGCUUCAUGAAGGGCAGGAAGAAGCAGCCUCAGCGGGUACCCAUCAACGGCACCCAGGUCUACACCAAGGAGGACACAGAGCGCCUUGUCUACAACAGCACCACCAAGCCCAUCUGACCCCUAACCUUUGACCCAACAGGCCAGCCAUUAGUGUUACCUUGCAAAGGUAUUCAGACCCCUUUGAUUUCUUCAUUUAUUAUUAUUUUUUUAAUUCUUCAAGCUCUGUCAAGUGUUGCCAUUUAGUAUUUCAAGCAGAUUUAAGUCAAAACUGGAACAUUCACUGUCUUCUUUCAGUUCAGAAGGAUGACUAUCUUUGAGGUGUCUGGGUAGUUUAAUACAUAAUGCCCAGCAUAAUUAUUAACUAGACAAUGCUUAAAGAUAUAUUCAAUGUCUGAUUUGUUAUUGUUACCCAUCUACUAAUCACUGCACUUUUUAUUAGGCUUUCGAAAAGCUCCCUGGUCUUUGUAGUUGAAUCUGUGCUUACAUGGGGGACAGAGUAAGGGUUAGCCAUAAUUACAUGGACAGAGUCUAUGUAACUUCUUGUGAUUUGUUAAGCCUCAUUUUUCUCCUGAACUAAUUUAGGCUUUCCUAAACAAAGGGGCUGAAUACUUAUGCAACGACUAUUUUAAUUAUUGCAUUUUUAUACGGGAAAAAAAAGCUUUUUUCUUCCACUUUGAUAUUAGAGUAUUUUGUAUAUAUUGUUGACAAUUAUUGUUUUUAUUAAAUCUUUGAAUCCCAUUGUAACACAAAAUUUGAAGAAAAUCAAAGGGGUCUGAAUACUUUUGCAAGGUGCCGUAUGUGAACCUUGGAGGGUUUUUGUGUCGGAGUAUAGUCUGUUUUAUUUUCCACAAAUACAGGCUUCUCUGUUUGCUAAGAGCUUUUCCUUGUUGAUGUUGUAAUGUAGGCCUAUGAGAUUUUAUUGGAGCUUGACACCACUCCGGAAAGAUAGUGGCAGAAAUUCUUCAAAAUGUGACACUUGUGUUUUGCCAUUUAAAAAAAUAAUAAUUUGCAUUAGCCUUUCAGAAUUCAGAUGGUUGGUCACUAAUUCUGCACUCAGGGUAUAAUGGUCCAAUGAUUAAAUCAACAAAUCUGACUAUUAUUCAUGUAAAUUGUUGACAUAAUGAUACCUGCCGCUAUUGCUUACUAAAUGUUAAUUUGUUAUUCUUAUGUUUUAUUGUAUUUUAAGCAUUUUUUGUUUGUGUUGCUGGAAAUAUUGUACAUGGUUAACACCUUUUGUCUUAACUGUUAGUUAGAGCAAGUUAUUUUACUUUUGGAGUUUAUCUUCUGAUGAUGAAAACGGAUAUUUCAGAAAGAAACAGAAGAGGGGAAACUAAAGCCAGUUUGUGCCUCAUGAUGGUAGUAACAUGAAAAAAUAUACUCCUUUCAACAUUUCCCCUAAAAAAUUGCUAACACCUUUUUAUAUAUAGUUUUAUCUAUUUUACCAUUAGGUCUCAAAUCCUAUAUAAAAUUAUACUAAGGUUACCAGUAUGUGUUUUGUUCUGAAGAUGAGGCAUGCUAGUCUGAAUUUGUUGCUUUUUCAGCACAUUAUGAUUAGUAUCACAUAAUGUAACUAUACUUUAUUUAACCCUUGCUUUUACUGUAAUUUCACAUUCCAUCAUCUGAGGUUAAACGGGCAGUGCCCUUUUGUCCAUAAUAAUCUCAUCAUAUAGGGCAGGCUAUACCCACACUGUAUCUGCAAGCUGUUGGCUAGAGUCCACGAGCCAAUUGUGAGAAAAACAGUAGAGUUAAAUGCAAUGGAAACCCAUUUAACUUGUAUUUUUUAUGUGCAUGACUUUUAUGUGCAUGACAUCAUCACGCACAGCCUUUUAUCUGCAACAAAUAUAUUUGAUUGGAAUUUAGCUCUGGUGGGAAAAUGUGCAUAUAGUUUUUAUGGAGAUUUUGUUUUGUUUUUUGCAUAAAUCUUUCACCAAUUGGAUGGAAACUUCCGAGGUUGAAAUAACUCUGAAAUUGUGAAAAUGAUGAUAAUGCCCUUUUUGUGUAUUAACUGUUUGAAAAAUGACUUGUAUUUCAGCCUGUUCAGGUGGGAUGGAUCUUUUGGCCCACAUCAUGUCACAAUGUGAUGUGAUUUAUAAUAGACCAAUGACUGUUUAUCUGGGUAAGGAGGUAGGUUAUAGACCACCAUCCUAUCAGCCAAUCAGUGUGUAUGUAAAUAUCUUCGAAUUUGUUUCAUAAAGCCCACACAAUCAGACAGAGUAUUUCAAGGGCCAAAGGAGGUGCAGGGAAUUAAAGGAUAAAAAAUAUUUUGAUUAAAUAAUCAGUGAUUUAUUAGACAUACAGCGAUGAUUUGAAAAAUACACUUACGAAGACUGCAUGAGGGCUUUAACAUACAAUAAAUGUAAUCAUGAAAUUAAUACUGUUUCUCCACACUCGCACAUUUGGAAAAUGUUUGUAAUAAACUUAAAUAACCUGGAAAACAUUCCUGAAUCAGAAA